CUGGUUUUCAGUAAUUAUUGAAACACAAAUGAGAAAAUGGGAGGCCACGCAUAAGAUAUUGUAGACUCGCUAAAGCGGGAGCACUCGGCAUCAAAUUCGUCAAAGCGGCGUGUAGUAAUAGUCUUCUUGGUCUCUUCAGCGUUGCUCUGCAACCUUACACAUGCCGCUAUGAAUGACAGGUUGCUGGCAUUUGUACUACGGCAAACUGCCGCGAGAAUUCCCUGAAGGGUGUCAUGCCUCACGUAUGUGCGGAGACACUCAUCGAACAGUCAAGGCCUGAGGGUAGCUCAGCUCUCCAGGGAGACACUAACAGAAGUGCUUUCACGCCUUACAAGUCAUCAACUGUACUGACCAACCUUCAGCGAGGAAAUGUGCCUACCCAGAUGCAAGCUGUUCCACUCAGGCGUUGCAUUCAUCAACUGUCUGCGCAGGGAGAGAUCUCUCCGGAUCAGAUAACAUCUGAGCGUCUGGACCUGCGCGAUGAGGCAGGCCUGACGCCGCUGUUGUGGGCAAGCGCUCAUGGCCAGUUGUCAACGGUGCGCCACCUGCUUGCCAAGGGGGCACAGGUUGGCGCACAAGGCCUAAGGGGCGAGACUGCUCUGCUGCUCGCUGCUGCUCAAGGGCAUUCGCACGUCGUGCGCUAUCUGCUGCAGCACGGUGCCAGCCCAAACCAGGCUGACCAGGAAGGGAACACUGCCCUAAUGUAUGCUGCUCUUGGAAACCAUGCUGCCACAGCUCAAGAGCUGCUUUCAAGUGGCGCUGACAUGUGUGCUCAAAAUAAUGUAUUUGAUACCGCUUAUGACCUCUCGGUGACGAUGAGUGCACGACAAGCAAGUCUUGGACAACUUUAUUUUGAAGCUACUUCAGUGAGAUAUGGUUCAGUAUCACUAUUGUGACAGAGGCCAUUUUUAGCAUUUGGACUUCUGCUUUUGAGCUGUGCUAGUGGACAUUUAUGAAGUGUUCUGCCAAUUUUAUCCACACGAUCCAUCUGCAGAUAAUGUUUUUGGUCAUGUGCGUAAGGUGUGAUAUGAAACUCGUAACACCGGUUCCGCCUGUUGGACGGCUCUUACAGUAUGCUGCAUCAGAUCGUGUGAUUAGUAGGCUUGUGUAAAUAUUGAAUUUUAGGUUCGAAGUGGAAUAGCGGUUUUGGUCAAAUAAUGUUGAAUCAAAUAUAGUAUAUAUGACAUAUAAAUAAAAAUGGGCAUAUUUGUCAUCACCAAACUAA